AUGAGCUCCAUCACUCACCGUGUUUCCAAAGAAACCUACCACUUUGAUACACCUCCAGCAGAUGCGCCCAUCCAAGUUUUGAAUGAGUUUUACUGGACUAAGGAGGCGGAACCACACGUGUCGCGAAGAAAAGCCAUCAUGGCAAAGUAUCCGCAGGUGUCAAAGCUCACAGGGUAUGAACCAAAGACUAAAUGGCUUGUAAUAUUGGUAGUGUUACUACAGUUUUCCGUGGCCUACUAUUUGAGGGAUACGUCGCCGCUUUCUUGGAAAUUUUUCAUUCUCGCAUAUGUCAUCGGAGCCACCGCCAAUCAGGCGGUGUUUCUUGCGAUCCACGAGUUAUCUCAUAAUUUGCUUUUCAAAAAACCCUUUCACAACAAAAUUUUCGCCAUUUUCACCAACUUGCCUAUUGGUAUUCCCUACUCGGCUUCUUUCCAACCUUACCAUCAGUUGCACCAUAAAUUCUUGGGUGACGAGUACUUGGACACGGAUUUACCCACGCGAUUCGAGGGAAUAGUGUUACUGAACUUGUUGGGAAAGGUCUUCUUCGCCACUUGUCAGAUUUUUUUCUAUGCUUUACGGCCCAUGUUCAUCACGCAGAUCAAGUUCACCUAUAUCCACCUUCUCAACAUUAUUGUGCAGAUUGUCGUCGAUAUGGUGAUGGUGAAGCACUGGGGAUGGAACUCUUUCGGCUACUUUAUCAUGUCGUCGUUCUUGGCUGGCUCAUUGCAUCCUUGCGCAGGCCAUUUUAUUGCUGAACACUAUGUUCUCAACGAGAACAAUGUACCCAAAACAAAUAAGUUGAAAUCCAAAGGUAAUGUGCCCGGAGGUCUUGUUCCUCCAGAAACAUACUCAUAUUAUGGAAAGUUGAACCUCUUGACAUGGAAUGUCGGCUACCACAAUGAGCACCAUGACUUUCCAUACAUUGCGUGGACGAAAUUGCCUGAGUUACGCAAACUUGCUUCCGAAUUCUACGAUCCGCUCCCACAAAUUAAUUCUUGGUGUGGAGUGUUGUUCUACUUCGUUUUUGAGGAUGUGAACACGCUUUGGUGUCGUGUGAAGAGAGAAGGCAAGGAAAAGCUGGGUCAAAAAGUCACAGGGUUGGAUGAGAAUUAG